AUGGCUCUCCCCCAAUCCGCUUCCCAACAGGGCCACGGUUCCUCCGACUCCGAGGCUCCUCCUCCAAACCCCGGAGCACCGACGACGAUCUUCGACGACGACGCCGACGACGACGAGAGACGCCAAUGCAAGGGCAUCUGCCGCACCGGCUCCCAGUGCAAAAACCACAUCAAAGCGUACUCCUGGAGAGUCAAAGGCGUGCGCUUCUGCUACUACCACGAGUACCAGGCCGAGGAUCCACUCGUCAGAGCCCUGGCGGCGAACCGACGCCUCAGCGCCCGGCUCGCCGCCGCCAGCCUCGGCAGCGAGGGCGAAAACCUCCACCAGAGCCGCGACGAAGAAGUCAUCAAAGAUCUGGAGGCCAAGCUCGCCGCGGCGAACCAGACCGUGGCGAAUCUCCGCCAGAGCCGUGACGAGGAGGUCCGGGAUCUGAGAGCUAGACUCGUGGCGGCGGAUCAGGCCACGGGGGACCUCCGCGAGAGCCGCGACGAAGAAGUCAGAGAUCUAAAAGCCAGACUCGCAGCAGCAGACCAGACUGCGGCGAACCUCCUCCGCCAGAGCCGCGACGAGGAGGCCACGGCUAACCGGAACCUUCUGGUCAGGGUCGCCGCCGCCGAGCGUACCGCGGUAAGUCUUCGCAGCGAGCGUGCUCGGCUCGAGCGGCGGCUCGAGGCUUCCGAGAGGGAGAAGGCGGAACUGGCGAGGAAGAACGCGGAGUUGGCGAGGAAGAACGUGGAGGGCGAUAGGACGACGAGGGAAGCGCUGGAGGUAGAGGCUAGCGAGCUUCUUCGUGGCGAGCAGCAGGAGAGCUCUGCCCGCGCGCUUCAGGAGGCCGCCGAGGGGGCUGGUAAGACGGAGAAGAAGAAGACGCCCAGCGCCGUCGCCGAGAGGCUUAAGAGCAAGCUGAGAGUGAUGUGGCGCGGAGCUUGA